AUGGAUAUUGAACAAGAAAAUAAUAGAAUAAUAAUGAAUGAUAAUAACAUUACUAGCACUUAUAAUAUUGAUAAUGUCAAUAAUAAUAACAAUAAGCUUGAUACGAAUGAGAUGAAAGAUCAGAUACAAGAGAGUAAAAUAUAUGAAGAGGAAAAUUCAAAUGAGAAAGAGAAAGAUGAUAUUGAGGUAGAUGAUGAAUUCAAUGAUGAGGAAGAAGGUGAAAUAAUGGGAUCGGCUAUUAAGAGUGGGACAGAUAACAACAACUUAAUGGUUGAUGACGGUCUAAAUAAUAUAUUCGGUAUCCCAGAAUUCACAAGGAAAGAUAAGACGUUAGAAGAAAUACUUGAUUUAAUGGUAGAUAAUCCGCCCAUAAUACCGGAUGCAGUAAUUGAAUAUUAUAUGAGAAAGAAUGGGUUUGAUGAUGUUGAUAUAAGAGUGAAAAGGUUAUUGGGUUUAGUGACACAGAAAUUUGUAAGUGAUAUAGCCAAUGACGCGUAUGAAUAUUCACGUAUCAGGUCAGGGAUAGCGGUUAACAAUGCAAAUAAUGGACAAGCAAGGGCUAGGCAAUUGAUGUUGAACCAACAACAACCUGGACAACAGCAACCAUUGACACAGCAACAGCAGCAACAAAAUGAAAAGACCACACAGUCGAAGGUUGUGUUGACAAUCAAUGAUCUAAGCAGUGCCGUAGAAGAAUAUGGAUUAAACAUUGGACGUCCAGAUUUCUAUCGAUAA